UCACUCCUCGGGUUUUAUUCCCUUUCGUUCGAGUUUCUCUCCAAGUCGAAUCGAGAAAAGAAACUAAAUGUUGAUUGCGAGCUACUAUGAUGGCUGAUUCGUUAGAAAGUUGGAAGGAAACUUGUUCAAUAAUCCUCGCAAUUCGCUUUAGUUUCACUCUUUAGGGACAUAUUGUAUGAUUAGGGCUUUGGGUCCACAUCGAAAAUGUGAAAGAGGACUUAUCUGACUUAUGUCAGGUGAUAACAUUAACAUCUCUUGUAAGAUGGGAGCUCAAGGCAAUGAGAAGCACCUCGAGGAGUGCACCGUCUCCAAUGCACUAGGGACAUGGGUGUUCUCAGUGCUAGGCGCAUUGGUUGCUAUCCCGGUUGGAAUAAAACGCAAGUCUCUAGGUCCACUCGUGUUCUUCGGCACAACCGGAACCAUGCUCGACAUCAUCAUUGGCGUGACUCAGUGCGAGAGAGAACACGCGGAGCACCAAAAGAAGUUGCUCCAAGACUCUCAAAACGCCGAAACAAACAACAACGCAGACACCGAUUCCAUUUCCUAAAUUCCUCUUCUUACAGUUUCUUUUGCAGUAAGCAAGACUUUGUUGUCAGAUUUGUUAUGAUCAAAACUUGUUUCAGACCAAAGAAGAAAGCUUUUUGAUGAUUCUGCCAAAAUGAAAAAGAAAAAAAGACAA